AUGGCGACGCCGACGCGACCGCGCGCGGUGGCGGUCGCGGGCGUCGCGGGCGAUGCGCGCGCGAGAGCGCGAACGCACGGCGCGCGCGACGUCGGCGUCGCGCGCGGACGAGGCGCGGGACGACCGAGAACGCGCGCGGUCGUCGCCUCGAGGCGAACGAACGCGAGAGCGCGAGGGACGGUGACGGCGACGUUCGGCGUGGACGAAGCCGCGUGGUGCGCGACGUCGAGUUACGCCAUGUAUUGCGUGUGCAGGUGCUCGCGCGCGGCGAGAGGGAACGCGCGAGACGUCGCGUUCGCGAGUUCGCUCGCGUCGCUCGCGCCGGCGUGCGUCGCGUACGGCGCGCUGUUGAUCAGGUCGUGGACGCCGGAAACGCUGUCGCUGAUGAUGCCGGGAUCUCUCGAGGAGGGAUUGGCCACGGGGAAGGUGCAGUUCAUCCCGACGCUUUCGUCCAUCAUGACGCUGCUGAGCGCGCGCGCGACUGCGUCGAGCGCGUGGACGCAUCUGCUGUGCGUCAACGUCUUCGUCGCUCGACACGUCGCUCUGAAGACGUUUGAGCGAUUGCGAACGCAUGGUUACGCUCCGCCGAGCGCGCACACGUUCGUUCUCGCCACUUUACUCGGUCCACUCGCGCUGCUUUCGCACGUCGUCACGUGUUGGGCUUUCGACUGCGUCGCCGAGAGAAGGACGCGCGGCGCGGCGCCGACCGCGUGA